AGCUAGUCACGGUAACGUGCACACAGCUCAUAUGGCUGCGAGCAACGAUAUUGUUGCUAACAAGGAGGCCAUCAGUGCCUUUGAACCCAGUUUGUGGGGCGAUUUCUUUGCGACCUAUACUUCUCCCUUACAGAGGUCGGAGGAGUGGAUGCGAGAGAGGAGGGAUCAACUUAAUGGGGAAGUACAGCGGAUGUUUGAGGCUGCAAAGGCCAUGAGCAUGGCCGACACGGUGAAGUUGGUGGACACGCUUGAACGCCUUGGUAUAGAUAACCAUUUCGUCAAGGAGAUCGACGAGGCCUUAUGUCGUGUCCACGAUGAGGAGUUGGACUUUGGCAACUCCAAUGACCUGCAUGUGGUUGCCCUCCGGUUUCGUCUCCUUAGGCAACAUGGAUUUUGGGUAUCUGCAGAUGUAUUUGACAAAUUCAGAGAUGGCACCGGUAGUUUCAACAUGAAUUUAAGCAAUGACCCAAGGGGCCUGCUUAGCUUGUACAAUGCUGCUCACAUGGCGGUCCCUCGUGAGAUGGUCCUAGAUGAUGCUAUCACCUUCACUAGGCGCCACCUUGAGGUUGCAAAAGGCAAGCUUAGGUCUCCCAUGGAGGAACAGGUUUCCCGCAGCCUUGAGAUUCCGCUCCCUCGAUUGAUGUGGCAAAUAGAGGCCGUGCAUUAUAUCACUGAGUAUGAGAAAGAAGAUGAACACGAUGCCAUGAUUCUCGAGCUUGCGAGGCUGAACCUCAACCUUCUUAGGAGUGUCCAUCUCAAGGAGCUCAAGUCCCUCUCACUAUGGUGGAGGGAUCUCUAUGACAAUGUGAAGCUAACCUACACUCGGGAUCGGAUCGUGGAGUGCUACUUCUACAGCAUCACAGUGUUCCACGGGGAGGAAAGCUCUGUUGCGCGAAUCAUACUUGCCAAGUUGUACGGGUUGUUUGUCCUGUUCGAUGACACCUUCGAUGUCCGUGCCACCUUUGAGGAGUCCCAAAUGUUGGAUGAGGCAUUACAGAGAUGGGAUGAGAGCGCAGUUUCUCUUCUACCAGAAUACUUGCGCAUGUACUACAUCAAAUUAUUGAGUAACUUCAAUGACAUUGAGGAUAUUUUGGAACCGUCAGUUAAGUACCGCAUGGCUUACGUAAAAAGACAGUUACAAUUGCAAUCAAAAUUUGCCAUCCAACAGGCUAAAUGGUUAAAUGAAAACUGCAUGCCGAGCUUCAAAGAACAAAUAGAUGUGGGGGUUAUGGCGACAGGCUUACAAUGGAUGUUCUUAGUGGUACUGAUGGGCGCAGGCCAAAUGGUAAACAAUGAGGCGUUUGAGUGGGCACAUAACAUGCCUGACAUGUCCCAUGCCACUGCAGAAAUUGGUCGUUUCAUCAAUGACAUUGCUGCUUACAAGCUAGGAAAGUGCAAGAAUGAUGCGCCCAGCGCCGUGGAGUGCUAUAUGAAGGAAUACGGCACGAUGGGGGAAGAGGCGAUGGCAGCGGUCACCGAGAUGAUGGAGCAAGCGUGGAGGAGGAUGAACAGAGAUUAUAUAGAGAUGAAAGUGCCCGCUCCUCCUCGCGAGCAGCAGCCGCAUGCCGCGUCCUGUGCCCCUGUGCUGCUGCCUCCUCCUCGCGUGCAGCUCCAGCAGCUGCGUCCGACGCGGUCGCUGAUGCUCGGCGCUGCUGCCGGCCGAGCCGCUGUUGCUGCGCCGGCCUCCUGCACGCGCGCUCCUCUGCUCCCGCGCCGAGCAUCAGCGACCGCGUCGGACGCAGCUGCUGGAGCUGGGCGCGAGGAGGAGGCAGCAGCACAGGGGCUCUCCCUCUCACUAUGGGAUGAGGGCGCAGUUUCCCUUCUACCAGAAUACCUGCGCAUGUACUACAUCAAAUUAUUAAGUACCUUCAAUGACAUUGAGGAUAUUUUGGAACCGUCCGUUAAGUACCGCAUAGCUUAUGUAAAAAGACAGGUACAGUUGCAAUAA